AUGUCCCUCUCCCCCCCCCUCCCCCCCUUCAACUCCUCCGACCCAAGCGCCACCUUCCUCUCCUCCUCCACGCUCGACUUCCUCCUCAUCGAACUCGUCCCGCUCGCCAACCGCAUCACCGCCGAGCGCGACUUUGCCUCGCCCUCCACCACAGCAGACGCCCUGCAAUCUCCCCCCCACAGCGCAGCGACGGCCAAGUCAGAGGCCACAUCCGGCACGGUCGUGGGCGGCGCAGCAGGGGACACGCCCAAGAGGAUAGACGACGAGGAGCAUCUCGAUGCGGUGCAUUAUAGGCUUGAGGCGCAGGGAUACCGCGUCGGCCAGGGUCUUGUAGAAAGAUUCUCUCGCGACAGACCCCGCUUCAACGACACCCUCGACGUAAUCAAGUUUCUCUGCAAGGACCUGUGGUCCCUCGUCUUUGGCAAGAACAUUGACAAUCUCAAGACCAAUCACCGAGGAGUCUACGUCCUCACCGACAACGCCUUUCGACCAUUUUCGCGCAUGAGCACAGAAACCGGCAGCCAAGCCGUCAUCCGAGCACAGCCUUUUCUAUGGUUCCCCUGCGGCAUCAUUCGCGGCGCAUUAGCUGCUCUGGGUAUCAACGCCACCGUUCAAGCCGAAGUCAACGAGCUGCCGGGAGCCAUAUUCCAGAUCAAGACCAUCCCCGCCAAGCCAUAG